UUUCUAAAUCCGAACUAAUAUAAUUACCACGGGAAGUUUCGACGUAAUAACAUAACAUUUUGAUUCUAGGGAAAUAUAAAUCUUCCCCGCGAAGCCUUGUUCUAAGAAGAAUAUUUCCCGCUAAAAUACUGUUUCUCCCAUUCCUAUCCUCUCUCACUCCCUCACUCUGUCAUUCCCUUCCCAUUCCCAGAGAAAUUUCCAAAGAUCAGUUUCCAAAAUGUUUUUCAGGCUCCAGUAAGUCCAGAGAUGGAAAGGCACCUUCAAAAAUCUUCCAACCUGGGAAAUCCCACUGAUUGUGAUGAUGCGAAGUAUGUCUCAGGCCUCAGUACCAUUCUUGUUGCCACGAUUCAGGAAGCAAAAGACAGGAUUUCUCAGAUAGAAUAUAUUUUCUGCAGCCAGCUCUUCCCUAAUUUCCAAUCAAAAUCUAAAAGCCUUCAGAAAAUUUAUUUCAACGCCAAGAAAGCGGCGGAAGAUGCAUUCAAAGAGAGAGAAAAUAAUCUCAAACUCCAAAUAGAAAGUCUUCAACUUGAAAAGCUAGCAGCCCUUGAAGAGAACCAAGCUCUAAAGCUUGAGAUGGAAAAGCCAUCAAAGGACCAUGAAGGGAAGACAAACCAGUUACUUGCCGAAGUAAGAAGUCAACAACUCAAGAUUGAUGAGCUAGAGCAGAAGCUUAAGAAGUCGUCUGUGGAGAUUGAUGAGGGAAUGGAAUUGCAGAAUAGAUUACUCCAAUUGGUUCAAUCGAAAGCUUCUGCUAUCGUAAAUGUAGGAAAACAGCUGAAAGAGUAUGAAGAAAAGACAAAUGAGCUUCUUUCCGAAGUGGCUAGGCUUCAGGAAAAAGUUGAUGAGCUCCAAGAGGAGCUUAGAAGAAAGACUGAGAAAGUAGCAGACGGAAAGGAGUUGCAAGAAAAUUUAUUCAAAAAGAUUGCGUCACUUGGCUCGGAAAUUCUGGCUAAUGAACAGAAACUGACUGAUAGUGGAAAAGAGAAAUCACUUAUGAGCAAAUUGGAAUGUUUGGAAGAUAAUGCUAGUAAACUUCAAGAGGAACUUGAAAAAAAGACUCGUGAAGUUGAGGAGGGAAGAAAAUUACAAAACCAAUUACUUCAACAAGUUGAUUUGAAUAACACGGAAAUGUCAAAGAACAAACAGCAGUUGCAGGAGUGUGAGAAUGAGAAGAAGCUGCUUCUGGCCAAAGCAACCGUUUUAGAGGGGAAAAUUAAUGAGUUACAGGUAAAUCUUAGAGGAAAGAGCAGUGAGGUGGCAGAAGGAAGGGAUUCAUAUAAAAAGUUACUUCAACAAAUUGACAAGAAAACCUCUGAAUUACUGGCUGAGAAGAAGAGAGGAAUGGAAAUGAUUGUUUCUUACAAAAAGCUGAAAUCUCAAUACAACUUCCUCUGCUCAAGGUUUGGUCUUACCACAGAGAAUAUGCUCCCCCAAAGUGAUUCAUUGAGGCAUAAUCAGAGUUCAAUAGCUUCCCGUGAUCCUGCAAACAAAGUUUUAGACACUUUUGUAGCUCCUUGUGACACAAAUAAAGUGAUGUACGACAAUUGUUUUAGUGGAAGCUCAGAGGAUGAGAAAGGAGCCAAAUUAGUUGAAACCAUGAGCCCUGACUCUCUAGCUUCCAGUUUCCCUGUUGCACCAGAGUAUCCGUCCAACGUAAGAUCUGCCCCAGUAGCUGGUUCAAAAAGGCCAGCAUCUCAUUGGAGAGAUACAAGGUCAGGUCAAUGCCAAGGUGGGCCUGAACCAUAUGACGAUUUUCUUUCUACUCCUUUAGAGAACGUCAGAGGAAACUUGAACAAAGCCAUGAAGGAACAAGUUCGAGAUCCUCCAGUCCCUAUUCAGAAAGACAGGAAUUUCGACUACUCAGAUGAUGAAACACAAGAUAUGAAUGUUGAAUGCUGCCCACAAAAGCAGCAGAUUGCAGUUCCAAUGGCUGGAAGAAAAGGUUUCAAGUAUGUUGAAACAGUAAGAAAGAAAGCUGAUCGUGAAAACUUGAAAGGAAUUGAAUGCAAGCAGUGUAAGAAGUUUUAUGAUGCUGUACUACCCGAUGAGGGGGGAUCAGACACCAGUGGUAAUCAAGGGAAUUUCCGCUGCGAACAUCAUGAAGGUGUUUCUAGGCACCGGUAUAGGUAUGUUCCUCCUAUGACCCCCGAAGGAUUUUGGAAUAUUGGAUUUGAAUCUGAAAUGUCAUAGCAUUUGUAU